ACAUAUCGCCCAGCUCUGUGGACGCGGCUGGGGACAGGUACUUGCUGCGGCCCCGGUAACGGAGGAAGCGGAGUCUUAUUACUCGCUGUUCUAGCGCUAGGAAGCAUGAAGAGAAACUGGCUUGAGAAAUGUAAAAAAGUUGAGGAGCUGGCAUCUCAGUAUAAACGACAUCCACUUAGUUCAGCCUACCUACCCAAACUAUUCAGGGUAUGGCAGCCUUCUUCAGUCUGGAGGCUGUUUCCUCGCCAAGAUCCAGCUUUUCAGUUUGCCAAAACCUGUAAGGAGGACGUUCAUGUUUUUGCCUUGGAAACUGUUCUUGAUGAAAUGGAAAGACGACUUUAUCUUGUAACAACAUACACUGAGUUUUGGUAUUAUUACAUCAAACACCCUGAAUCUCUGGCUCACUGCUAUGAAGUGAUUCCUGCAGACACAGUUUGCAAACUGUACUUUGAUUUAGAGUUUUAUAAACCAGCAAAUCCAGGAGCAGAUGGCAGAGAAAUGGUUGCUUUUGUGAUUGAGUUUUUCAGUAGAAAGCUUGAGGAAUGUUUUGGUGUUAAGUCCUCUGCAGAGUGUGUCUUAAACCUGGAUUCCAGCACUGAAGAAAAGUUUAGUCGUCAUUUAAUAUUUGUAUUGGCCAAUGCAGCCUUUAAGGAUAACAUCCAUGUUGGCAAUUUCAUCAAGACUGCUUUAAAACCCCUUUUCCCUGUAAGUGAAUGUACGGUUCCUUCUAUUAAAGACAAUACAGCUGCGGAGUCUGCUUGUCCUGCGAUCCAGAACGUGUUUGAAAAGGACCGUGGUCUGUCUUCUCUACUCGUGCAUGAUAGAAAAGGGGGAAAACAACUUUUCAUCGAUCUCGGUGUUUACACGAAAAACAGAAAUUUCCGUUUAUAUAGAUCAUCAAAACUGGGUAAAAACGUUGUGUUUGAAUUAGCUGAAGAUAACAAGUUUUGUGGGAAGCCUCCGAAACAUGUCUCAGCAGAAGAGAACAUCUUCCUCUGCUCCCUAAUUAGCAAUGUGAGAUUUACAGAUUCGUUAAGGAUUUUAACAUGUGGAAGCCCAGAAAGUGGGAAGAAUGAGUCCGCACGCCUCAGCCCUGGAGGCACGAUUAUUUCAGGCAGCAUGAAGGGCUAUCGGGUCUCCCCUUACCCAGAAAUUGAUUAUUUCAUACUAUCAAUCCUGACCAGAGAAGGCUUCCGUGGAGGUAUUCGACAGUGGAACUAUUUUUUCGUUGAGGAAUUGCUGGUUUAUGACACCAUUGAUUACCGUUGGUGUGAAAACAUAGGCCGUGCUCACAAAAGUAAUAACGUCAUGUUACUGGUAGACUUGAAGAGAGAAGUUUGGUAUCAAAAAUGUUAUGACCCAGUUUGUAGAGCACAAGACUUUAAGUCGGACAGUUAUCCUUUACCUCCCGAAGUGUGUUUGCCUUUUAUUCUUAAAGAGGAAGAUGAAGAAUUCUUUCUUACAAUGGAUGAAAAUGGAAACAUUAGGGAAAGCAAGCCAAAUGUACUGCUUGCUGAGGGUCAGAGAACAGGAGGAUCUGUGGUGCCGUCAUUAGAGGAGAACCUUCAGACCUGUGAUAGAGACUGGGAAAAUGACAUUGAUGAUGCCUGUAUUGCGGAAGCUGCUGAAGAUGCAGAACUGGCAGAUGUGGCGGCUCACAGCCUUGUUGAUUGGAGUUUGCAGAGAUCGGACAUACCAGAUGAGCUUUUAUUAGAAGCCCUGAAUGAGCAGGAGACACCUGUAGAUACAUGAACAGCCAUAUAUACCUCGUCUUCUAAUUUACCGCAGCAUUAGAUUAUGAAUAACACCUGAGUAAAUACCUUCAGCGACCAGACUGCUUAAAUCAGCAAUUCUGUUUUAUCAGCUGUUCUUGAAAUAAUGUGUUCUCUGAACUAUAAUAGGUAACAAAGUAUAAAUAACAAUAUUAGUAUAUGAAAAGCUGUCCUGUAUCAGAAGCUGGAUGUGGAGAUACACAUUUUACUUGCAGUAUUUAAAAAAAAAACAAGAAGCUUUUUUGAAUGUUACAAAUACUGUGUAUACAGGAAUUUGUACACUCUCAUUUUAACCCCUCUUCAAAUAUAUCCUGCAUGGUUGAGCAGUAAUGUAGCAAUAUUUCCCCACAUUAUGCAUUUCUUCUAGAGCUUAUGUACAAGUGUUUCCAUAGCAAACGGGAAUCUCUGCUUCAGUUCAAGCUCCUUUUAACUGAUUAGUGAUCAAAAUGUAUCUCUGCUGAGAAAUCAACCGUCAAUUUGUGCCAGAUUUACAUUUAUUAAUGAGAAGUUUUAUGUUAUUUGUAUGAAUGUUUUAAAAAAUAUAUAUAAAAAAAACUAUUAUCCUUC